AAAUUAUUUAAGGUUAAGUUAAUUUGCAACGUCUUAAGCACUAUUAUUUUGAUAAAAAUGAAUGAAAAGUCAGAAAAUCCAUUUCAAACCCAAUCUGAUUUCAAUUACCUUCCUCUUCUUGUUGGAAUAACUGUAGUUUUCGUCACAUUAAUUUUAUUCCUUCUGUGGCAAAGAAGAAAAGGUGCUCGAAGGGAUAUAUUGAUAACUGGACUUAGCGAUGCUGGGAAAACUUUGUUGUAUUCACAGCUGGUCCAUUCACAGUCAAAAGAUACUCAUACUUCAAUUGCUGUUAAUGUCGAUGAAUACAUCACAAAGAAUGCGUCAGUAAGAGUUGUGGAUAUUCCUGGACAUGAAAGAUUACGUGGAAGAUUUUUUGAUGAUUACAAAGAUUCAGCACGAGGUAUUGUGUUUGUUGUUGAUUCCACCACUUUGCAUAAAGACAUUCGUGAUGUAGCUGAGUACUUGUACACGAUACUUUCUGAUAAAUCAGUUACUUCUAAUGCUCCACAAGUAUUGAUACUUUGCAAUAAACAAGAUUUGCAUAUGGCUAAAGGAUCUAGUAUUAUCAAGGCUUUACUUGAAAAAGAAAUGAAUCUAGUUAGAGUAACUAAAACGCGGCAAUUAGAAUCUGUUGAUCCAACAAGUUCUGAAAAUGUAUUUUUGGGAAAACAAGGAAAGGAUUUUGAAUUUUCACAAUUAAUACAAAAUAUAGAUUUUGCUGAAUGUAGUGCAGUGAGCACGGAGGAGAAAUCUGCACAGUUAGAUCAAUUAACAAAAUGGAUCUCAAGAAUUGCGUAACUGUUAUGUUUGAUUUUAAUAAUUAUGGAUUGAAUUUUAUGUGGAAUUUGUAUUUUAUAUAAAAUGUAUGAAUCGUUA